GCGGCGGCACCAGUCGCUCCUCUCAAACCGCGAAACACGUCCCGGCGUCCUCGAGGACCAGAAUCGCGAGACUCCAGCGCUCUCUCUCUCUCUCUUCUUCCUUCCGACUCCGUUUCUCGCGCUCUCUCUGUUUCUCCCUGUCCCGGCGUCGCGCUGUCCCCGUCGCUGCGAGUCGCGUGUGCAUUUACCGGAAAUCGUUGCUACUUCCGUUGCGUUCCGAGGGAAACCAGUGUUCCGUGACGCAGGCCAUUGUUCGUUCGAAGGGGGCACAGGCGCCAGGGACACGUCGAGGGAACGGCGGCCCAUGGGAUAGAGGAGCGUGAACCGCGGAGGACCAACGGGAGAAGUGUCUUCGGUGUCGUCGAUCCUGUGCUGGUUUUUUUCCCCUCCCCCCGAAAGGACCUCGAAUUUUCAUACCAAGGGACGAGGGACCAUUUUGGAUCAGUGGUUCGCGUGGUUCCGAUCGGUUUUGCAUCGGUGUUCGCGACGGAUUACCGGACGGACGGUGUUAAUCGAGGAUCAUCUGUCGGCUCGGCCAGUGCUUCCGCGACCGUCACACACUCACUCUCUCUCUCUCUCUCUCUCUUUCUUUCUCUCUUUCUCUCUCUCUCUCUCUCUCUCUCUCUCUGUGCUAAGUAAAUAUACGCUGUUGAAUUGGAGCGCGGAUCCGCGGCGGAUCCUACGGCGAUUAGUCCGCCGUUGAAUUAUUUUCCGGUUUAAUUGUGCGUCCUUAAUUGAACCCUGCGGAACGAUAAAUCCCAGCCACCGGCCGCCGUGAGGCAACGCCGGACCCAACACCGGACAACGGACCUUUCAGGUGGCAGAAAGAACUGAAACCGAACCAGGACAGAACUUUCGAACCCUCGUCCGUGGGCAACCCACCUGAAACCUGAAGUAGCCCACCUGGAGGCAGGAUCCAGGCGCGAGCAUCCCCUCGAAGAAGGUGCCGAAACAACUGACCGAUGUCUUGAGCAACUGGAUCGCGCGGGCGGCAGCGAUUUCCGAAGGAAAAAUGAGAGGGCACGGGGGGAUGGGGCGUCGAAGACGGGGUCCGGACGAGGCAGCCUGAUGCGAGCGGGGGUGAGCUUGUGAAGGGGGGUGUGUCGGGCAGCUGAGCAUCGCCCGCGGGCCGAAAAAUGAACGAGACCGCGGUCUAUCUGCUCGGAUCGGAAGAAGAGGUAAACGUGCCGAGCAAACAGCUGAACAGGACGUUCUACACCGCGAGCUACCCGCCGCAGAACACCAGCUACGACGAGCUGUGGCAUCUGGCGACAGACAGGGCCGGCCUGGCGAUCAUUCUCUUCCUGUUCUCGGUGGCAACCGUGUUCGGCAACAUGCUGGUGAUCCUGGCGGUGGUGCGCGAGCGAUACCUGCACACGGCGACCAACUACUUCAUCACGUCGCUGGCGUUCGCGGACUGUCUGGUCGGUUUGGUGGUGAUGCCUUUCAGCGCGAUCUACGAGGUCCUGGAGAAGCGUUGGCUGUUCGCGCACGACUGGUGCGACGUCUGGCGUUCGUUGGACGUGCUCUUCUCCACGGCGUCGAUCCUGAACCUGUGCGUGAUCAGCCUGGACCGGUACUGGGCGGUCACCGACCCGUUCACCUACCCGCGCAAGAUGACCCGUCGCCGGGCCGCGAUCCUGAUCGCGAUCGUCUGGAUCUGCUCCAGCGCGAUCUCCUUCCCCGCCAUCGCCUGGUGGAGAGCCGUCCGCACCGAAGAGGUCCCGGAGGACAAGUGCCCGUUCACGGAGCACCUUGGCUACCUGAUCUUCUCGUCGACGAUCAGCUUCUACGUGCCGCUGUUCGUCAUGGUGUUCACCUAUUACAAGAUCUACCGGGCCGCCGUGAUCCAGACGAGGAGUCUGAAACUAGGCACCAAGCAGGUGAUCAUGGCCUCCGGCGAGCUGGAACUCACUCUGAGGAUGCACCGCGGCGGCGGGACCAACACCGACGCGAGACACCUGUUCCGCACCGCUUCGAGCACACCGGAGGACCUCCAGGACCUCGAGGAGCCGCUCACGGCGAUCCACAACAACUGUCUCACCAGAGUACCGUCUACCAGGAUCAACAAACAACACCUGGGAAAGAACUUCUCCCUGUCCAGGAAGCUGGCCAAGUUCGCCAAGGAGAAGAAGGCGGCGAAGACCCUCGGCAUCGUGAUGGGCGUGUUCAUCGUCUGCUGGCUGCCGUUCUUCGUGGUGAACCUCUGGUCCGGGUUCUGCUCGCAGUGCAUCUGGCAGGAGGAGAUCGUGUUCGCCGCGGUCACGUGGCUCGGCUGGAUCAACAGCGGCAUGAACCCUGUCAUAUACGCCUGCUGGAGCAGGGAUUUCCGAAGAGCGUUCGUGAGGAUCCUGUGCGGCUGCUGCCCUAGACGGAUGAGGCGGCGGUAUCAGCCGGCAUUCAGAUGCAAACCAAGCCAAUACGUUACCGGAGGAAACGCCGGCGGCCAGGCCAGCAGCGUGAGCUACAGCAGCGUGAGCCAAAGCAGCGACGGCGGUGCCGGAAGUGGGCUUCCAAGCGGCGGGAUGUGACGAUACACGGGGGCCCGGCCCGGGCCUCGUCGAGAUCGAGCGAUUCGUUUCCGGGACACGUGAUUAUAGGCCAGCUGCCAGGGCACCGUGCCGAGGGGCCUUCGGGACGCCUCGGGCCGGAACACGAAAGCUCCACGGCGUCCCGGGAGACGCGCGAGGAAGACGAGCACAGCCCACCGGAGCCCCGCCGCGAGCAAGAAGGGCCCGUCGCGGAAGGUUCGCGACGAACCCGUCCGUUUCCCGUCGCCGGGUUUACGGGACAACAUGUGGACCACGAUGAAACCACAGAGAAGCCUCCCCCUUGUAUAUAGCGUUUUGUAUCACCGACGAAUGAGCCAGCGAGCGAAGCCGAACUCGCUCGCCACCGUUUUUACGUUCCGGUACCUUCGGUAUUCCGUAGCCUUAGCGAACCUACCGAAUCGUUGAUCGAACGUGUCCCGCGUGUCUUCGGGGAUGCUGCGUGCCCCUUCUUCUAGUCGCGAUUCUCACGGAGGAAGAUCUCGCGCGAUUUCAUGCGUCCAAUGAUUUGUGGAAAAUCGGUUUCCAAACUAUCGGUUGUUCGGUAAAAUGUUAGGGUUUGUUCGUGGGGGGGACAUCUUAUAAUGGACAACAAUUGUAACAGCAUGUACGAUAGCUUAUGUAAAGUACGUGUUUUCAUUUCAAUUCAGUCAUGGUGUAGCGGAGUAAUAGUAGUCUAGAUAGAAUCGUGGCCAGACAAAGUGGAACAACGGCGAGGUGUAUGUACAGUGCCGGACAAAAUGAUAGGACGUUUGCCAUUUCUGAAUGUUUCGCAUAAUAUAAUAAAGUAUGCGUACAUUUUACAUACCUUAUGUAUUAGAUAUGUUCUUAGAGAUGUGCGCAUAAUAAACCUUGAGCUUGUGUCUCAUGCGCGAAAAGAGUUAAAGAAAAUAAUGUAAAAAUGUGCUGAUUUUAAUCGGGCAAAAUGAUAGGACAUUGCUAAAAGGAAGCAAUUGUUUUAAAAAAAUAUUUUAUUGAACGCUAUAUUAAUAUUUAGUGAGGUCACCUUUUUGUUGUACAUCUAAUAAACGCUUAGGAAUUGACUUAUACAAUUUUUUGAUACGUUUUCGUUUUAAGAGACUACAAUUUUUAAUAAUACUGUCUUUCAAUUCUUUGACAUCUUUGCAUUGCACACUUAAGGUUUACUAUGCUCAGUUUAGAGGACAUUUCCAAUAUAUACGGUGUGUACAAUGUACAUAUAGUUCACUAUAUUAUGCGAAAGAUUCAAAAAUAUCAAACGUCCUAUCAUUUUGUCCGGCACUGUAGUUGGCCAAGUCUCGAAUAGCCUAUGAUCAGACAAGUAGAACGGAUGGUACGUGUGGCCAGACAAGUGGAAUAGGAACGGUCUGUGAUCAGGCAAGUAGAGAAGGCGCGAGAUGCGGUCAGAAAGUGGGAUAGGAGCGGUAAAUGGUGAGAUAAGUAGCUUAAGCCCACAUGGUCGGACAAGUCGAAUAAAUAAAUGUAGUGAAACAUGCGUGAUAGGAACGCUGCAUGACCAGACAAAGGAAAUGCGAUGAAAUCAUCGAUGAUAACGUCGCAUAGACGAAAGUGUCCAUUACAGGAUGUUCCUCGCAAUGAAAUAAAUAAAAACGAAAUAGCUAAGGCGGAUGAAAGUGCGACAGUUACAAUGCCCUACGAAAUUAAGUGCUCUUUUGUUUCCGCGUAAAUCCAAGGACGAAAAAUAAAAACGCAUUCUACAAGGAGGGAACGCAGUGUACCGAAAACUCGAUGCAUCGCGAAUAGUUUAGUGUCUGGGCUGGCACAGUUGCGAGCGAAUUUAUUCAGCCUUCGACGCUUCCCUCGAACUCGAAGCAAAAGAGUCAAGACUGGCAGCACUAAAGGUAUCCUCAUCGACUCGUCCGGCGAAUGUCCAGGAACGAAUCCAUUCGCCGAGCCGUUCCUCGCUUAUUCACGACUAGAUUAAUUGUAACGUGAAACAAGUAGCAAGGCCAAUGUAACUUAAUCGACGGACGACGCGAACGAAGUUACACUAACGGGACCCGUACACUUUACCGUCCAUUUUAUGCACCCUGUAUAUCAUUCCCUGAAAGGCAAAAGCUGUGUAUUUGUUAUACGUUGCGUUGCAAAAACGUUCCAACGUAACUCGAUUGAUUUCAUUCUGCUCCGAGGAUAAAAUCCUGGGGAAUUUUUCAAACGAUGAGCUACCAAAUUGUCCCCUAAAAUGGGAACAAUAUUUCUGGUAUUGCAACACCUUCUUCGAAGUUGCGAAACUUUACUGUGGAAUUUCAUUAAUUUGAUCUUUUGUCGUAAGGAUAAAAUCCUAGGGACAUUUUAUAGAAUUAUGAAAAUAUUUAUCGCGUCGAUGAAAUCAUAUUAUUAAGAUAAAAUGUAAUCUUGCUAAGACGGUGAAACGCUGCGGAAUUUUGCGGCAGGGUCGUAGGACGAACGGUAACGCGAACGGGGCCCGUUACUUAUUAAAGAGUGCAUCGUUUCAAACAGAUCGAUUUUAAUUGUAAUUAUAAUCGAAAGGAGAUAUAUAAGAAGAACUCGAAACGUGAUCGUCGCUAUUAGUGUUUUGAGACCGACCUCUCGAAUUGUGUUCCAACGACUGUCUCGCAAAAAAAAAAAUCGGUUCCCGCGACUGUCGACGAAUCGUUACAAGUUUGAGCGUCGCUGUUAUCUCGAUUAUCGUAAACGGACAAUCUCUACACGAAGAAUGUAUACUCGUCUACUUCUAUAGCGGAUAUUUUUGCAGCAACGGUAUUUUUGUUUUACGAGAAUCACCCUAAUCUAGACACCUUUCUCAGUGUACAUAGACACCAUCGCCGUGUAAUUGUAAAUACUAGCGAAGAACGAACACGAACGACGAGCAUGCGCGAGAGUCUGCGACCGAACGUUCUAUUUGAUGUAACUGUUGCGCGAUAUAAUUCUUCGAUGAUCAAUAAAUACAGUAUUAUCGAGCGAUUACGCCACCCUGUCGUGCUAUGAGUUUUGGCAAUCGAUCAAGAUAAAACUGGGCCCUAUUCGAUUCGGUGAAUAUGGAACUUUCUGGCUGAGAACCACUGUUCGCGAAAGAUUUAUACGUUUACGAAUAACUUUGUACCAAAACCUCCACGUCUCGCCUUUCUCAUUUAUCAUUUGAGAGGGAAGGUAAUAUAAACAUAACCAAGUACCGUUCAGACAAAUAUUCGAAUUGUUUAGUUCACGUUCACUUACCUCUGGAAACACAGGAUGGCUUGGACACUGUUGUGGAUACCGUCAUUUUUAUCUUCCCUCUUAAUGAUCGCAGCUUCGGACAAGAAUCUUCUUGGAUCAGGAAGAAUAUAAAUUGUUGACUCGCUCGAAUCAUGAAAAUGAAGUGUACGCUAUUUAUUUCUGCAAGAAUAACAGUUAAAUAAACUUUGGUAAACGGAGGACACGAACGCUUGCAAAGUGAGGACACCAUUUAAAUUAAAUGACGAGUGGUGCACCCUAGCGCGCGAAUGGUUGACGUCUAAACAAUGCUAGUCAUAAUAGAUAUUGUAAGCAUCGUUAGAACUUGAGAGUCUAAUAAAGAGAAGAAAAAAAAAGAGUCUAAUUGUGACGGGACAAGCGAGAAUAUAAUGUAGACGGUCCGAGAAGAAAACAAUCUGUACCGCUCAAAUGGAAGGAAUGUAAUAAAACACGGAGCGAAUGUUCAGAAUUUCGAACAGUGUUUUCACAGCAUUUCCGGUUUAGAGGGCGCUUUGUACACACACGGGACAUUCUGUCUAAUUUAACCGCCUAAAACUAAAUGAUUCGCAUUCUUUGUUUUAUCUGUGUCAAACUAUAUGGAGGAAGGACGAUGGUAAGACGAUUUUAUUGUAAAACGCUGUUCAUAGAAUGUACUUUUAGCCUGAAUACACACUACUCGUAAUCCAGAAAAUCGAUGCUACGUUAAAUAGAACAUUUAAGAGAAACGUAAUGCAGCGUGUCCGAUCCGCGUUGUAUUGUAUAUAACGUAUUAAUAUUAUUUAAUGAUUAUAUUAAUUAAUAUUAAUAUAUUAUAAGGAAAUCAAAGAAACUUUCCUGGCCUGUACAUACCGUAUGAAUAAUAUCACAGAACAGACGUCGUGGUAAUUUUAAUUUAUAAGAAGUAGAUAGCACGCGAACGUAACAGUAUCAUAAUUCAUGUACAAGAGCCACAUUCUCGAGACCACUUAAGUACCUUCAAAGAAAAAAAAAUGUAUCUAUCAAUAUGCUGUCCUUUCUAAUAAAAGGUAAAUGGAAA